CAACUACGCGGCGUUAUAUUCUCAACCCCUCUUUCUCCCUCCAACUCCUUCGCCGUCCUUUUAUUUUCUUGUACUCCCUGCCGCCGAGAUUCUCAGGCGAAUCGAGAUAACUUUGGUCGGGAACUGAGGAGAUCGGUGGAGAGAUUUUGAAUUUAUUUUCCGUUUUUGAAUUGGUUAAUUCGUUCAUUUCGUCGUGGGGGAGGAGAAAUUUUGGUUGAUUUGAUGGUAAUGUGGGGAGAAAUUUGUUUCUUUCUUUUGGGCUUAUUUUCGAUGAAGGAAUCUGCGUUUUGUAGGUGAAGAUUGUGGUGAGGCGAGGCGUGGUGGAAUGUUUUGGAUCUCUUGAUUUCGAUUUGGUUUUGCUUUUUGAGUUAUUUUGGAUCUCGAAGAUUUGUAAGGUAGGAGUAGGAAAUAAGGAGAAGUCGAUUUUUCAGGUUCUGAUGGGAUCCGUAAUUUUCAUUUUUGGUGUUGUUUAAUUUCAUGAAUUCAAUCGCCUUGCCGGCAUUGAUCGGAAUUUGGAAAAACGCGGCAGUUGUCUUUCGGAUGAGUAGAGUUGAUAUAGAUGUGCGUUACUGAGAUGAAGGAGAGGAGGAAUAUUGGAAUUGGGGUGUUGAAGGGCGGAGGAGGAGGGGAGAGAGUGGAGAAGCUGAAGAGCUCGCGGACGAAGCUGUGGAUGAUACGCGCCACCACAAUGGUCUUGCUCUGGACUUGCGUCGUGCAAAUGACGGCAUUGGGAGAGACGUGGGGUCCGCGCGUCCUCAAGGGCUGGCCUGCCUGUUUCUCUCACCCUGAUUCUUCCGCCUCCGCCGUCGAGGAGAAGGUCCCCGCGGUUCCAUCUAGGAUCCUUCCUCCCAAGAGGGUUUAUAAGAACAAUGGUUAUUUGAUGGUUUCCUGUAAUGGAGGUUUGAAUCAAAUGCGAGCAGCGAUUUGUGACAUGGUUACAAUUGCAAGAUAUCUAAAUGUCACCCUUAUAGUCCCUGAGCUAGAUAAAACUUCAUUUUGGGCUGAUCCGAGUGAGUUCCAAGAUAUAUUUGAUGUGGAUCAUUUCAUUACAUCUUUGAGAGAUGAGGUUCGGAUAUUGAAGGAGUUGCCUCCUAGGCUUAAGCAGAGAGUGGAAAUGGGGAGGUUGUACAGCAUGCCGCCAAUUAGUUGGUCUGAUAUAUCUUACUAUCAUAACCAGAUUCUUCCUCUAAUAAAGAAGUAUAAGGUUGUACAUUUAAAUAGGACAGAUGCACGACUUGCCAACAAUGGCCAACCUUCAGAGAUUCAGAAGCUGCGAUGUCGUGUGAAUUUUAGUGGUUUGAGAUUCACUUCUCAGAUAGAGGACUUGGGUAGACGAGUAAUUAAGCUUCUGAGGGGAAAUGGUCCUUUUAUAGUGCUUCAUCUCAGAUAUGAAAUGGACAUGUUAGCAUUUUCUGGUUGUACUCAAGGUUGUAACAAUGAGGAGGUGGAUGAAUUGACAAGAAUGAGAUAUGCUUAUCCAUGGUGGAAAGAAAAAAUAAUAAAUUCUGACUUAAAAAGGAAGGAUGGUUUGUGCCCUUUGACCCCUGAGGAAACAGCACUUACAUUGAGGGCCCUGGACAUUGAUCCUAAUUACCAGAUAUACAUUGCAGCUGGGGAAAUAUACGGUGGGGAUAGGAGAAUGGCAAGUCUUGCCAAAGCUUACCCAAAACUAGUUAGAAAGGAGACUCUGUUGGAACCGUCAGACCUUAGGUUUUUCCAGAAUCACUCAUCCCAGAUGGCAGCGUUAGAUUAUCUUGUAUCGUUGGAGAGUGAUAUUUUUAUACCUACCUAUGAUGGAAACAUGGCAAAAGUUGUUGAAGGUCAUCGCAGAUUUCUUGGGUUCAAGCAGACAAUUCUAUUGGACAGAAAGUUUCUUGUUUAUCUGAUAGACCAGUACACUAGUGGGUCUCAAAGUUGGAAUGAGUUCUCAUCUGCUGUGAAGGAACGUCAUGCAAAUCGCAAGGGACAACCAAUGAAAAGAUUAGUUAUCCCAGACAGGCCUAAGGAGGAGGAUUACUUCUAUGCCAAUCCAGAGGAGUGUUUGCAACAAUCAGAAGAUCUAUUGAGUAGUACAUGAACUUUUUUUGUUAAGAUAUUUGAAAUUCAUUGGUGUUACAGAGUGCUAGCUUUUCUAUCACAGUUCAAAAGGUAAUUCUCUAGUAAGGUCUAGCAGCAACGAUUUUGUUUGAAAGAGCCCAGCUAAGGGAAUUACUGGGAUGCUAAACUCAAGCUAAUGCCUGAGAGAAUCUUCAGAAGCAACAGUGAGACAGGAAGAUGUUUGUUGUCUGCAAAACAAUCAAGAUCAUGUAUAGAAACUGCUGCCCUGCCAUUCCAGGGUAAUACCAGUUCAAUCUGGGUUUUAUACAGAGGGAUGCAAAUAUUUGGUUUACUGAGGCCUGAGGUUCAUGAAGGAAGGUUAAUUCCUUGCCCUUCUUUUUUGGUAAUUUUUUGUUUAUUUCAGAUCACCUACGAUCUUGUGACUUGUGAGUUUCUAGCAUGCAUCACAUCUUGCCACGCUCAACGCCAAACACUAUUUUAUCUCUCUGGUGUGGCCAAAAUGUUGCAGGAAUAGGUCAAGCAUUUAUUUAUACCUCUCACUACACUUUUGUUGUAAAUUAAUGGACAGUCCUUAAUUUUCCUUUGGACCUUAAGGCUGAGUACUUUGUAGUUCUCCGUUAUUUCCGUUGAGAAAUUAAUAUUCAAUCAAUGAAACUGUUUUGCUUGU